GUCCACGUGAGUUUCUCUCAGCUGUCUGCUGCAGAGAGCGAGUGAAUGGAGAAAGGGGGAGCAGAAAAUGGAAUCUAUGGAAAAAUGGAACAAAGAUUUUAUAAUACUUAAAUUGUUGGAUACGAAGUUCAGUCCUACAGAAAAUGGCAGGACAGGAAUGAUUGGCAAGGAUCUACGAGAUAUUUUUAAGAUUUACACAUUUUUACAGUCCUCCAUCACUCGUACAGAAUGUGCCACUGGCUCCUGUCCAGACCUGAUGAUGAUGAGUAGGAAGGAGCAGCCUGAGUCACGGCGGGUGGGCACGGUCCUCACCCCCCAGCUGCCCCCCAGGGUCCACCGGCCUCUCUGCCUCUCCAUUUCCUCUGACAGCAAUGGCCGCUUCAAGGCGCUGGAGACGCAAGAGUGGAAAAACAACCUCAAAGCCCAGAUGGAACAGGCCCACAGUGCUGGAGCAGCCAGCAGCACUGGCUCAUUGGAGAGGGCCUCCCUAUUCUGUGCUUCGGGCUCCACCACCACCUCCAGCUCUGGCCUGUCCAGCCCUGUGGAGACCCUCACCAAGAGCAAGUCCUCCAGCCGCUUCUCCCUCUUCUCUCCGCCCUGGAACAGCAGCUCUGAAUCUGACUCCAACCCGCCCUCCCGCUCUGGCUCCAAGAAGCUGCGCAAAUACAGCCGUAGGGGUGGGGCUGGGGCAGGAGUGGGUGGGGCCAACGGCAAGGGGGAGGAGACACCGGAGCCCAAGCAGGGCACAGCUGAACACUUCCACUACUCGGAGCCAGUUAUCUCCAAGGUGACGGACUACAUCUAUGUGGGCAACUUGAACGCAGCCUACAGUGGGCGUACCCUCUGCCGCAACAACAUUGACAGCAUUGUGGACAUGAGCAACCUCCCGGGUGAGACCAGCCUGUGCCUGAUCCCCUGCACUUGCUCCCGCGGCGCCCGCCACAGCUGGUCCCGCCUCAAGGUGGACAUCCGGGACCUGGCGGACUCCGCUGAGGGCCCCGCCCUCAAACAGCGCUGCUUCCAGGACAUCAACGAGUGCAUUGACGCCUCCGCUGAGAAGAAGAAGCGCGUGCUGGUGCACUGCCGCGACGGCUACUCCCUGGCCCCCACCUGCAUCAUCCAGUACCUCAUGGUCAAGCAGAACAUGAGGCUCAUCACGGCCUACGAGCUGCUGAGGGCCAAGUACCCAGUGAACAUCAAGGAAGCCCACCAGAAUGUGUUAGUGAGCCUGGAGAAGGCCCUGCGGCCUGAGGGUGAUGAGGACCCAGAAUGCUUCAAGCAGGCCAUCUCCCGUAAAGUGGCCUGGACCUGAGUCCCAGCCGUCGCUGGCAUUCAUGAUUUCUUCAUGUUUUUCAUUUUUUUGGCACAAAAUUGGAGGCUUUUUGUUUUCCCCCUGGUUACAGUUAGGCAAAACCUUUCCUGGCCUUUCACAGGUCUGGAGAUAAUCAUUCUCGGCCUGUCUCGACUAAACUUUGUAUGCUGAGCAUUUGCGGCCAAAGAUUUGAUCUCUUUGUUCUAUUUAUAAUGGCUAAAAUAAACCAAUAAAAACUGAC